ACCUCGAGGAGAAGAGACGUUUGUGUGUUAUUUAUUUAUUUAUUGUUGAGUCGUUUUAAUUUAAAUUUGAAAUGUUGUGCCUGUGCCUGUAUGUGCCCGUUGCUAAUUCCGACCCGAUUGAAGUCGAGUACUUUGAGUCAGAUGGACUACCAUCGGAGUUAAAAUCGCUCAACAAAUUGAGUGUCUUUCUACCGUCGCAGGAAUUUUCAACGUACCAGAAAUGGCGGAAGAAACUUGUUAAAGAAGAAAAAGAUCAAGAUGGUCAACUGGACUUUGAGGAGUUUGUUCACUAUUUGCAAGAUCACGAAAAAGACCUGAAACUUGUAUUCAAGACCGUGGAUAAGAAGACUGCUGGUCACAUUGAUGCCAAAGAGGUGGUAGAAUCGCUACGAGACCUUGGUGUUCAUAUCUCUCUGCAGCAGGCCGAGAAUGUCCUUAAAAGCAUGGACAAGAAUGGAACGAUGACCAUCGACUGGAAUGAAUGGAAGAACUACCCUUCCCUUCAGUCCGCAGAGAACAUCCCGGAAAUCAUCCUCUACUGGAAACACUCCACAAUAUUUGAUGUAGGUGAGAAUUUGAUGGUUCCUGAUGAGUUCACCAUUGAAGAACACCAGACAGGAAUGUGGUGGAGGCAUUUGGUAGCAGGUGGAGGCGCUGGAGCCGUAUCCCGAACCUGCACCGCCCCCCUGGACCGUCUGAAAGUGCUCAUGCAGGUGCAUGGUUCCCGUAGCAACAACAUGUGCAUUAUGACCGGCCUCACUCAGAUGAUUAAGGAAGGCGGGAUAAGAGCGCUGUGGAGAGGAAAUGGCAUUAAUGUCAUCAAAAUCGCCCCUGAGUCAGCCCUCAAAUUCAUGGCCUAUGAGCAGAUCAAGCGUUUGAUGGGCAGUAGCCAGGAGUCUCUGGGGAUCGUGGAGCGUUUUGUGGCUGGCUCUCUAGCAGGAGUCAUCGCACAGAGCACCAUCUACCCCAUGGAGGUUCUGAAAACCCGUCUGGCGUUGAGAAAGACCGGGCAGUACGACGGCAUCUCGGACUGCGCCAAGCAGAUCCUCAGGAAGGAAGGAUUGGCUGCCUUUUACAAGGGCUACGUGCCCAACAUGCUUGGCAUCAUCCCUUACGCUGGCAUCGACCUGGCAGUGUACGAGACUCUGAAGAACACUUGGCUGCAGCAGUACGCGACAGAGAGCGCAGAUCCCGGUGUCUUUGUCCUUCUGGCCUGUGGUACCAUCUCCAGCACCUGUGGCCAGUUGGCCAGCUACCCCCUGGCCCUGGUACGAACGCGCAUGCAGGCGCAAGCCACAGUGGAGGGAGCAUCCAAGGUGACCAUGUCUGGCCUCCUCAAACAAAUUGUGAAGACUGAGGGUCCAGCCGGCCUUUACAGGGGCCUGACUCCCAACUUUUUGAAGGUCAUUCCCGCAGUCAGCAUCAGUUACGUGGUGUACGAGCAUAUCAAAACCGCCUUGGGGGUGCAGUCAAGAUGAGAUGCUCUCAAAGACAUUUAAAAACAAACAAUUAAUCAAACGACCCGUCCAGCCUUCAAAAAGGGGAGAAGGAAGAUUACUAACCUCAAAGGGGGACUUGGCAGUUUGAAUCUCAGGUCUUUGGACCCUGAGGUGUGAAAGCCAUCUCAUUCUGUGAAUGUCUGAAGGGGAAAAGCGCACAACAACAAAAAAAGGUGUAUUUCAGAAUGAACUCUGACAUUGCGCCGGAGCUGGUGGUGGUCACCCUCACUACCAAGCUGCUGCUAAGUAUUAUUUAAAACAGUUUUAUGUUCAGAAUUAAGCAACGUGACCACGGUACUGUGCUGAAUGUUAUUCUGUCUUAAAAUGAGGGACCAUUUUCUUUUUUUUUUUUUUGAUUCUUGGAUUCUGUGUCACUGUUUUGUUAUUCAUGGUUGUGGCCCAAAGACAGGACAAAAUGUCACUUUAGGUGAAUAGGACAGCUGAUACAGAGCUCCACAUUGUCAACCCAAAUGCAGUAAGAGUGUCAAUCUGAAUAUUUCUAGACAGAACAACCCCUUGCACGCCGUGCUUUAAGUAACUCUCAGUUCUUCACGGUACAGGUGUUUUUUUUUUUUUUUGGUUUUUUUUUUUUUGCACUUCUGAGCACUGGGACAAAAUGCAGCAAAUGCAGAUUUAGUAGUUAUUCACUAUGGAAAGAGGGCAUGGAGAAUCAUGGAGAAUAAGACUGAAAGAUUCUUCAUCAUCAUGAAGUAUUAAUACUUGACAACACUACAGUUCAGCAGAAUUUCAAAUUCUCAGAGACAAUGAUGGGUUGUUUGUUUUUAUUUUAGUUUUGCUGUGACGUUUCUGUUUCUAUAUGCAGAUUGAUCUCACUGCAUACCAAUGCUGCUGUAAUACAACUUAUGUAAUUUAUUUAUAUAUGUUUACCAGAUAUUUUUGAUGGUUGGCAAUGAUAUGGAGUUCUGAAAAAAAUGUCUGCUAUGUGAGCCCUUUACAAAGUACAGUCUCAUAACUGAGUUUAAUGCUUUGCGUUCCUUCCAGUAGGUUUGACUAUGUAAUGGGAUUACACUGCUGCUUCAUCCCAUGCUUAUAGAAAGUCUUGGAUUAUCAAGGAUCCUAGAUUUUUCAAGUGUUGGCAGUUAAAAUGACACAAAAAGAAACAAGAAUCCAUGAUCUAAUUCACCAAUUCCUUAAUCCUUGGCAAAUGUCUGUAGAUUAGUACUGAUCAAGGCUUUUAAGUUGAAAGCAUGAAGUGUUUAGCGGAAUUAAGACAAUUGAAAUUCUGGAACUUUGUGUUUUGCCUUAGCUAAAUGCCUGGUCGAUUUAAUCUCGAUGCACUUUAAUUGCUUGAAUUGUUUGAUGCUGAAAGUUUAUGCUUUAUCAAAUGGAAAGAGUAAUUACCUGAAGAAAUUCAACCUGUGUCAAUGGGUUUCAGUGUUAAUUCUGAUAGGGACCGUCAAUUGCUCUUACUGAUGUAAGCACAAAAAAAAAAUGCAUAUUUGCAGUUUUUCGAAACAGCUAGGAAUUCUGCAAACAGUCUUGUUGGCCAUGCAGAAAGGAGUAAAGAGGUUUGUUAAAGAAAUGAGUGAUUUGGGGGUUGUUGUGUAUUUCUAUAUUCACUUCACUCCUUGUCUAAUGUGAUUUAUCAAAGAUGCGUGUUCUCAGGGACUAGUGUGGUGCUUUAAAGUUUUGCCAUUUAUGUGCACAUGUCGUUGUAUUAGGGUUUUUCUUUUUUUCCACAGUCAGUCUUUUUUUUUUUUUCUUCAGUCUCCUGUCUGUCACUGUCUGCCGACAUUUUAGAUCUGUUUGUCUUAUUGUUUUAUGUUGGAUCAAAAUUGUUAGACUGUAAGGCCUGAAAGCACAUUUUAUUGAAAUAAACAGUCGAGCUUCAAAUGGUA